CAUCUCACGCGUUGACUAUAUUGAUUUCCACCGGCCAGUGGAUCGUCGUCCUCUGGCAACCUUGCUGCUAUAUGUAAACAAAGAUGGCCGAGUACCAGCAUUUCGGUUUCAGAGUUAUGCAUGGGGAGAGAGCCUUAGCUACAGUGCUUGCCAUGUCCCUGUCACUACUUGUAGCACUUGUAGCACUGAUGGCAGCCACUGGAGUGCAAGCACAGACAGUCACCUACACCUUCACCAAGUUCCCUUACAAAGAGUCUGUGACCAAUGAAAAAAUCUGGUCUGAGUACGAGGUUGCAUGUGCCCAAUCCCCAAGGUGCCUGGAGCUGAGAGGUGUCCACCACACGCGCUGUGUGCGACAGUGUGUUUCGCCUUCCUGUUAUCUUGAUAUAUACACACAAGAUGAGCUUGAAGAAGGUGAGAUUGAUGUACGACUGGCCUCCUUCAAGGGAUGUUUCCUACAACGUUUGGCCAGACAACGACGUCCCUGAGGCUACCCACAGACCAACUUAGCCCAUCCCAGGUCCAAUACUGUAAAAAUGAGUCUAACACCAGACCCACUUGCACAAUUCUGGGCUCGGCUAUUCAUCCGGGACCUCGAGGACGUGGCUCUCAUGGUCUAUCCCUGGCCUAGGAUUCCUAUCACUCGAUUUUGAAGAAAACCAGUUUUUAGAUACCUGCUAUUUUCCUACUUACUCCUGAAACUCCACAAAUGAUAACUCUUGGUGCAAAUAAUUAUACUUUUAGAAUUAAGAUUUGUGGAACUCAAGCAAGCUGAUUGUUCCACUUUUAUUUACUCUGGACUUUUUCGCCUCUUAUUUCUUAAAUUAUCUUUAUUACAUUCAUUUAGUAUUCACAAAUGAGAUUAUUCAGCAGAGAUACGUCAGAUUUCAGCCUUUCCCUGGAAUUCUAAAGUCAUUCACAUUUCUGUUGCGGAAUAUAAGGAGCCAUCUUUGUUAUAGCUUUUAAAGAAUAAAAAAAGUAGCUUUCAUUUUCAACCAUUAUCAUUACGACUGUCCUCAAUGUUUUAUCCAGUAUUUGUAAAAUGAAAUAUUUGUACUUUUUGAAGAAGUCAGUACAUAUACUACCUGUGUCUGCUCGAUAGCUCAUUUCAGCACUUGAUCUGUUGAUAGAGGAAAACCGAAUUGCCGGCACUGUUAGAUAAUAUUGUCAAGGGGAUUUAAUAAUGAGGCAAAAGGAGGAACAGCCGCAGUUACGAAAUGACAUGUGGAUAAUUUUUCAUUCCAUGAAAAGCAAUAUGGCUGUAUCUCAUGAAUAAUUUCUUAUAUUUAUUAAUUAAUUAAUUAGGUUAGGAUAGAUAUAUAGUUAUGUAUAAAAAGAGAUCACUCAAAUUAAUGUUAACUCAUUCUGCACAGAUCGAUAUAUGAUCCAUUCACGGAUCGGAAUAGUUUAAUUGCACUCUCUUUAAACGAGUAGUCAACGAAAAAUAUUACAAUUAGCUUGGCAAGAUGUGUUUGCAUCUGCUUCAUUGUUCAUUUUGAAUGUCAAUGAUACUUUGAAUGCAAUUACCUCCAGCAUGGUUGCUUUCCAAUCUAGGCUUAUUAGCAUUUGUUUACACAGACCAAUGAGUUAUGGCUCUACUCUCCAAAGAUUGGGUUAGCGUUCUUUCUAAGAAGCAUCCCUUAUGCAACAGAACCUUCUAAAAUGUUUUUUUUUAUGCUCUGAACUCAUUAACCUCAAAAACUUAUUCAAUGCAGAUAGUAUACGAAGCAGCGUUCAAGUUUCAUGACAUCAUAUAGGUUUAAUCUGUUGCCUGACGGCCUGAGGCACUUAGCUGUAUGGUGAAUACAACGAUCACAAAAGAACAUUAGAUUGGGCUUAGGAUCCGAUAAGUGAAGCCAAGAUGGCGGCGGCAGGGGUUGAAUCACUGUUUAGCGACAGCUUUCUUCACUACCCAGCCAAGCUGAAGUUAGAAAUCACCUAACAAAAACAAUAAUUUUGGGGGGCCAGUAAGCAAAUGGCAGCCAAUUUUAAUUUAUUUUUAUGUUUUGUAAUUUUCAUAUGCCUCAGGUAGUCGGUACAUAAGAACACUAGAUUAGGCACAGCUAAUGAACAAGCAAUGCGGGAGAUGAAGCCAUCGCCGCCAUCUUGGUGCUGGAUAGAAACUAAAAAAGCCCGGCUCGGAGUAGUAGAAAUUUUUAAUGCGCGUUUAUCAAAUAUUCUGUGAUCUAACCCACUUAGGAAUAAAUACAAUUUUAAAACUUGACAUAAGUGAAAAAAAAAAGUUAUGUAUGCUAACAGUAUCAUUCAAAACAUUAAUAAGAGUUUCUUUAUAUCUUUUACAGUUAAAUA